GCCACGCUGUAGCACAGCAACCAAACACAACGCCAAGGUUGACCGAGGAUACGGACGUAUAUCUCGAGUCCCGCGUUUUGUUCAAGUGAAUUUGCUUGUUUAAAUUUCUCCUGGAAAGAUGGGAGUUCUCGACAAGACGGCGUCAGCAUUCCUUUCAGUGGUACACGUGCUGUCAUUGCUCAGACCUGGCAGUAAGAGCCAGAGCGGCGGGCCAAAACUCAACGUAACUGUCCACGAGGGCAAAGUUGGGCGUCAGAGUCAGGGCAAGUAUGUAGUUACCGUACGCCAUGGCAAGACAAAGAUUCAGACCGCUAAGAAAAAGUCGGAUGCGCUGAUCUGGGAGCACUCUGCGGAGUUCGUGCCAUGGUCACCAACAGACCAACUGGUUCUGAAACUCCGUAAGGCGAAGCGCUGCAAGGACACCACAGUCGGUGUGCUCUCCAUAGAUGUUGCAGCCGCACUAGAGUCAGUGGACGGUUUACCGCAGAAGUGGUGGUACAUCAUGGACCGACCCAACAAAGGCCGGCGGAGGAAUGAGGAAGUGUUCCUACAGAUGUCCGUCACUCUAGACGGCACGGAGGGGAAAAGUCAGCCUACACAGAACCAAGUCUCAGCGAAUCCUUCCGAGGGCACCGUUGAGGCAUCAGCGCGAGGGCAGUCAGAGACUCCGUCAGAGCUGCAGAAUGACCAGGUCAGCAAGGCGGUGGCAGUUUCCCAGGAAAAAGAACCAGACAACAGCGCUGUGGACAGCAGUCCACCAUUCGUCACUGGCGACAUCGCAGACGACAAACAAGACUCUUUAGACACAACGUCAGCGGACACAGCGGACAGGUUUGCUGCAGACGAGGACAUGGACGUCUCGCCAGACGACGCGCACCGUUCCACUCGUAACACGGACGUGUCUGGUGCUGCCGACGGUCAGGAGAGGGAACUAUCAAAGGGUCAAGACCCAGUGAAGUGUUCCGAGCGGACAAUGAAGACGGAGCUUAACGAAGAUAAACCAGAGCCAGAGAAUCGGAAGAUCGAUGUUUGCCAUGAAACAGAGCCGGGCGCACCAUCGGCAGACAGCGGCAAGGACAGCUCAUCACCCUCCGCUGCCGGCGACGUCGCAGACGGCAUCGCAAAGUCUUCGACAAGCUCGGCGUUCGGCCUCCCAACCUCAAACCCAGACAAACGUCCUGCUGCCGGAGAAGGCGAUGUUGCAGCCGCAGUCCGGGAGUCAGUGGACGGUUUACCGCAGAAGUGGUGGUACAUCAUGGACCGACCCAACAAAGGCCGGCAGAGGAAUGAGGAAGUGUUCCUACAGAUGUCCGUCACUCUAGACGGCACGGAGGGGAAAAGUCAGCCUACACAGAACCAAGUCUCAGCGAAUCCUUCUGAGGGCACCGUUGAGGCAUCAGCGCAAGGGCAGUCAGAGACUCCGUCAGAGCUGCAGAAUGACCAGGUCAGCAAGGCGGUGACAGUUUCCCAGGAAAAAGAACCAGACAACAGCGCUGUGGACAGCAGUCCACCAUUCGUCGCCGGCGACAUCGCAGACGACAAACAAGACUCUUUAGACACAACGUCAGCGGACACAGCGGACAGGUUUGCUGCAGACGAGGACAUGGACGUCUCGCCAGACGACGCGCACCGGUCAGGAGACGGUCAGGAGAGGGAACUAUCAAAGGGUCAAGACCCAGUGAAGAGUUCCGAGAGGACCACCAAGACAGAGCUCCAAGAUAAACCAGAGCCGGAGAAUGGGAAGAUCGAGGUUUCCAAUGAAAAAGAGCCGGGCGCACCAUCGGCCGACAGCGGCAAGGACAGCUCACCACCCUCCUCCGCUGCCGCCGACGACGCAGACGGCAUGGCAAAGUCUUCGACACGCUCGGCGUUCGGCAUCCCAGCGUCAAGCCCAGAUACAGCAGACAAAUGUCCUGCUGCCGGAGAAGGCAAUUUAACAGAGCGCCGCAGUCCUUCAGUUGUCCAGGGAAAAGAGACGGAAGCACCCGACAACAUUUGCAAGGAGACAUGCAGUCAGACGACAACGUUUACUCCGGGAGAAGGAUCGUCUCUUACAGCAACUAACCCAUCGCCGCUCCCACCACUGCUAACACACCCACCACUGCUAACACACCCACCACUGCUAACACACCCACCACUGCUAACACGCCCACCACUGCUAACACAAAAGGUUAUUGGUGUUCAUCUGGCAUGGAAAGAAGCAGAACCAGCUUUGGGACAGAGUUAG